AUGAAUGGGAUAGAGCNCUUACGGUCACGGACUUUGUUCUGUUGCAGGUAUUUUAUGACUCCUGACCAUGUAUGGCAACUGCUCGGACGCCGAGCUCCAACUGAGGAAGAAAAAGAAUCCAGUCAUCUCCAACGGCCGUGCUCAGUGCUGGUAGCACGCCUUCUGUCGGCAAGUGUCGUGGCCAUGGCAGUUUUUGUGCUGUUGCUACCAAUGCAACGUCUUGCCGAAAUGCAUAUCUUUGUAAUCGUUCUCAAUUUUCUCCAUGUUUUUCUUGUAUGUGAACUAUCAUCUAUCAUAAUGUUCCUCUUUACUGAUUCCUGUACUGAGAAAAUAAAAGAGGAAUAG